UUAGUUCAACAGGGUGAGCGGAGAGAGCGGACUCAGCGCAGACAGAGUUAGAUGAAAUAUUUGGACUUAAUAUACUCAGCAGCAGUACGGAGGGACACUGAGAGGCUUGUGUGAGCCUCCUGCCUACUCUUGGUAGGUCAUAAAGAAGUUCACCAUCCUUUGGGUGUGAUCAACAGAGAAGACCUGAUGAGAAGGUGAAAACAGAACCAGAAUAAAGACUUUUUACUCCAAAUACUUUAAGGAAACCUCAGCCAAUAUCAAACCAAGACAUUCAAUGACUCCUUCAGGAAUAUAAUGCUCUUCAGUAUCUCUCACACUUCAGUGAGGACACUACAUUGACUUGGACCAUAUUGAAUUUACAACACUUUCCCUGAUGCUUGCCUCCAGGGCAAAGCCAGCUUUGGAUGCAUUUCAGUUUCCAACCUGGAAAUAGCCGUUUACUUGCACUUUUCACUACCUUUUUUUAACGAUACUCCCUGAUGAUCACAAGGGAAUAUGUCACUAUACUUUUGGUGGGCUCCUGUUUCCUGUUGGACUACAGCUCCCAAAUUCCUCUGCAGGCUCAGCUGCAGAGCAGAACUAAGGGCGGGGUGCCGUCAGCCAGGGGAGGGACAGGAAGUAAGAGUGUGAGGACGUCUUUGGGGGAAGCGAUAUCAUUAGAGGGCAAGAUGAGGCUAAGAAGACAUGGGAGGUCGAGGGUUCAGAGAAUUAAAAGAGGAUGGGUGUGGAACCAGUUCUUUGUCCUGGAGGAGUACAUGGGCUCUGAACCACAGUAUGUUGGAAAGCUCCACUCAGACAUGGACCAUGGAGACAGUGCUGUGAAGUACACUCUGUCAGGAGAAGGAGCUGGGUCCAUCUUCACCAUUGAUCAAAUUACUGGUGAUAUACAUGCAUUGGUGGGCCUUGACAGGGAGGAAAAGUCCUACUACACAUUGAAAGCCCAGGCUGUGGACAUCGACACAGGUCUUCCUCUGGAGCCAGAGUCUGAGUUCAUCAUCAAGGUGCAAGACAUCAAUGACAAUGAACCUCGGUUUCUAGAUGGACCCUACAGCGCCAGUGUUCCUGAGAUGUCUCCAACAGGAACCUAUGUGACACAGGUGACUGCCACUGAUGCAGAUGACCCCACAUAUGGCAACAGCGCACGAAUCGUCUACAGCAUUCUUCAUGGCCAACCAUACUUCUCUGUGGACCCCAAGACAGGAGUGAUCAGGACAGCUCUAGCCAACAUGGACCGCGAGGUGAAAGAGGAGUACCAGGUUCUCGUCCAGGCCAAAGACAUGGGAGGUCAGCUGGGAGGCCUAGCCUCUACCACCACCAUCAACAUCACCCUCAGUGAUGUCAAUGACAACCCACCGCGCUUCGCCAAGAGUAUUUUUCACCUCCGGGUGCCAGAGUCGGCGUCAGUGGGUUCGGCAGUGGGUCGGAUUCGAGCCCACGAUCUAGACGCUGGCAACAACGCAGAGGUGGAUUAUUCCAUUGUUCCAGGAGAUGAAGGCAACAUGUUUGACAUCGUCUCUAAUGGCCAAAGUCAAGAGGGAGUUGUAGUCUUGAAAAAGACUCUCGACUAUGAAACCAAGAAGUCAUACAUCUUCAAGGUCGAAGCAUCGAAUGCACAGCUGGAUCCUCGUUUCCUACACCUGGGGCCCUUUAAGGACUCAGCUACAGUCAAGGUGAAUGUUCUAGAUGUGGACGAGCCUCCCGUCUUCACCAGACCCUCCUACUCUAUGGACGUGUAUGAGGACACUCCUCCGGGAACCAUCAUAGGCUCUGUGACGGCUCACGACCUGGACGCCAGCAGCAGCGCCGUCAGGUAUUCAUUGGAAUGGCAGACAGAGGCUGACAGCUGUUUUGACAUUGACACUGUGGAGGGAACCAUUUCCACUAAUGAAUACCUGGACAGAGAGGCAGCUGUUCAGCACAAUAUCACUGUGGUGGCAACCAAAGUCAACAACCCUCUGCUGUCCACCAAAGUGUCAGUGACAGUCAACGUGCUGGAUGUGAAUGAGUUCCCUCCUGAGCUGGCAGUUCCUUCAGACACCUUCGUCUGUGAAAACUCCAGAAUCGGACAGGUGAUCCAGACGGUCAGUGCUGUGGACAAAGACCUUCCUCCUGUUGGCCAGAGGUUCUUCUUUAAGUCCCCCAAAGAGCUCCGCAACAGAAACUUCACUGUUCGAGAUUUUGGAAACAACACCGCCGGCAUAGUGACCCGGCGCUCAGGCUUCCAGCGACGGCUGCAGGACGUCUAUGUUCUUCCUGUUCUGGUUGAAGACAGUGGUUAUCCCGCCCAGAGCAGCACAGCUACCCUCACCAUCCGAGUGUGUUCCUGCGAGGCUGGAGGCUCGCUGCUCACCUGCUCUGCAGAGGCCAUCUUCCUGCCUGUGGGUCUCAGCACUGGAGCCUUGAUGGCUAUUCUGCUCUGUGUAGCUCUGCUGAUAGUUAUGGCUGCAUUAUACAUGAGCCAGAGGCGCCACAAAGAGAAAGAGACUCUGAUGACAUCGAAAGAGGACAUCCGUGAUAAUGUCAUUCACUAUGAUGAUGAGGGCGGCGGCGAGGAGGACACUCACGCCUUCGACAUGGGCACCCUGCGCAACACACAUUCACAGCGCACCAGCAUUCACAGCAGCACCUCCAAGAAGGAGAAAAACGGCUACGGCGAUGGGGUUCUGUUGCAUCUCAACAGUCGCUAUGAUGACAUCAGGUCACCUGACAUCCAUCGUCAAACAGCCAGUGUCAUUGCCACCGUGAAAAACGAGCUGCCACCUGCUCACCGUCACAGGGUGACUGAAGGUGAUGCUGAAAUGAUCAGGGAGUUCAUCGAACAGCGGCUGGAGGAGAGCCAGCAGGGUUACACGGUGCCGCCCUAUGAUUCGCUGGCCACCUACGCCUAUGAAGGCGACGGCUCAGUGGCUGGCUCGCUCAGCUCUAUAGAGGAGUCAUGGGUAAUUGACAAUACAGGGGAUUUUAGUUCCCUUGGAGAUUGGGGACAGCCUUUCAAAACACUGGCUAGCAUCCUUGACAGACAGCCGCCUAAUCUGUCUGAGCAGAGCUGAGAGGAAGUUGGACAGACAGCAGAGAGACUUUGGGUGGCCACGUGGAACGUAGUUUAUAUUUCUAGACCUGUUUUUACUGUGACAGGCACUGGCUAGAAUGAUGUGCGGACUUUUUUAGGAAAGUGAGGUAGAGCUGUGGACAGGUUAGCUGGAGAGCAUAGAAUCUAGCUACAGAACCAAGAAAGGUAAACUCGAUAGCUCCUCAAAGUGCCUGAGGUACUAUAUGUUUACAUGUGUUUUAAUUCAUGUUACUUAAUAAAAACAUCUUCAACUGA